AUGACCGGGCCCCCUCCCCUAGACCACACUUCAGACCUGUCGUCCAAUAUUCAGACAACCGCUGCUUCAACUGCCCAAGAUGCCGAGGGACGACAGCCCGCCGCCGCCGCCUCCUCCGCCGCCCAACUCGCCAGUGCAAAGAUAAGCCUGCGCAAGACCCUUCGCCAGUUUCCCGACUUCCCUAUUCCUGGCAUUGACUUCGUUGAUAUCAUGCCCUUGUUCGCCAAUGUCGACGCCCACGCUACUCUCGUUUCCGCUCUCGAGCUGCAGAUUACCCAGACCUUCAACAACGUAAAGCCCGAUAUCAUUGUCGGGCUGGAUGCCCGCGGCUUCCUCUUUGGCCCUGGCCUUGCUCUGAGUCUUGGCGUUGGCUUUGCUGCCGUUCGCAAGAAGGGCAAGCUUCCCGGCCCUUGCGUCACUGCUGAGUAUGUCAAAGAGUACGGCAAGGAUUUGUUCCAAAUGCAGCAAGAUGCCAUCAAGGAGGGGCAGAAGGUUCUCAUUGUGGACGAUAUUAUUGCAACCGGUAAGCUUGGCCAACAACCCGAUCAAUUGCUAUCUCUAUGGAAAGAAACUUAUAGUAUGACUUUAGGUGGCUCUGCUAAAGCCGCAGCUGAUCUCGUCACGCAACUCAAGGGUCAAGUCAUGGGCUAUCUGUUCAUUCUGGAAGUUCCCGGUCUCGACGGCCGUGACAAACUUGGCGCGGCCCCUACAGCCAUCCUGCUGGAGGGCGUUUAA